GUUUCCACUCGUCCUCCCUUAAACUCUGUCUCUUUCUUUGGAUCCUCCGAUGCCUCAACACUCAUUCUUGUCCUUUUUGUGGCUUUGAUUUUCACUUUUUCCUCUGAUCAUCCAAGAUUUCACAGUUAAUUGCAAGCUCCUUCCUGGAGCUUGUCUCUCCUCUUCGUCCACCUCCUCUUCCUCAUCCCUUCUUCCCUUUUUCAUUUGGAUCACUGGGUUCUAGCAGCUGACCAACCAAGCAACCAGGCAACUAACAGACAGCAAGUAUGACAGACAAACCAGGCAUGCCGUCGGGUGGCGGGGAUGAAGGAAGCAUCAUGGCGUUGCUCGAGCGCGUGGCGGGCCUCAUGGACAGUGUCCAGACCACACAGCAGCGUAUGGAGGAGCGUCAGCUGGAGCUGGAGAACACGGUAAAGACCAUUCAGGGUGACAUCGUCAAGCUGACCAGCGACCACGCCACCACCAGUUCCACCGUCGACCGUCUGCUGGAGAAGACCCGCAAGGUCAGCCGCCACAUCAAGGACGUCAGGGUGCGUGUGGAGAACCAGAACAUCAGGGUGAAGAAGGUGGAGGCCACCCAGGGUGACCUCCUGGCCAAGAACAAGUUCAGGGUGGUCAUUUAUCAGGGCGACCAGGAGGUGAAGGCCGUCACACCGGGAAAUGAGCCGGCAGAACCCAGCGGCAGCACCGGCGCCAGAGCCGACAUGGAACCGGACAAGUUUGAGCUCCCUCCGGAGUCAGACGAAGAGUACAUGGUGGUGGAGGAGGCAGACUCCUCGGCAGCCGGCCGCAUGAAGAAGACAGGGCUGACGCGCAUCGAGAGCUUCAAAGCCACCUUCUCCAAGGAGAACAUGAGCAAGACCCGCGAGAACCUGGGCACAAAGGUCAACAAGUUCGGUGAGCGCAUCGUAACGGCCGAGAGGCGCGAGAAGAUCCGCCAGUCUGGAGAGAGGCUGAAGCAGUCAGGUGAGAGGCUGAAGGAGACCAUCACCAAGAGCGUUCCUGCCAAGCUCAACCUGAAGAAGGAGAGGACUGUGGCGGAGGGCCAGGAAGGAGCCGAGGGCGCCGCGGAGGGAGCCGUUCCCGUCCCCCCUCCCAAGGGCCGCAAGGGCAGCCCAGGCGUCGCCAAGGCAGCCGGCGACGAGGGCAAGGCAGAGGAGUCCGAGGUGCCGAUGUACGACAUGAAGCAGCUAUCGUAAACUAUGAGACAGCGACGAGAUCUGGGCCGUUUUCUAUUGGACCACUGAGGCCACACGGAGGGGGCGAAAGAGAAGGUUUACAUAGAAGAUUUACGUUUGUUUGAACGUUGCUGAAGGAAGUGAGCAGAGAACUGGCCGGUCACAGAUCCAAUCUGACUGAACAUCGAGACAACAACCACACAGAUUCCUGAAAUCACUGAGGUCAUUUCAUACGUUUACGUGUGUCCUGGACAUUAUCAUCCAAUCAGCAAAUAUUUAUAGGAUUUUUUUGUUUUGUGUUCAAUGUACACUGACUUUGGGAAAAUAAAUGAGCAAAGUGUUCAUGAACGUUUCCCAUCAUCACACCACUGCUGCUCACUUGUUUUUGCAUGUUGAUGAGAUUGAAAUGUUGGAAGAUGAAGCUGUAACAGGGUUCUGGUACGUGAUGAAAAAAGUUUUUAACUCAGUAAGUUAAAAGGUAAAAUAAAUGUGUGUCAUUGGGGAUCGACGUCGACAAACUGGAGGAAACAGCAAAGAAAGAACGGACUUCUGUUUGCCACCAACAAUCAGGACAAGAGGCUGCGUGUUCCUGUAGGGGUCUGGAUCUAUUUUACAUUUACUGACACACAGACCCGAGCUAAAGAACGGGAGCCUACCUGGACCCAGUUCGAUACAGACCAUCAUUUGGACCCGUCCCAAUUCAGAUCCCGGGUGGGGUCUUGGUCAUCAGGAGCAGAGAGUACCUGCCAAGUCCUCUAGCUUGUGUAAAGUGGAGAUGGAUCAACUAUUUUGACUGUUCUGCCAGCUACGAGCAGAUUUAACACGAGGAACACCUGAAAAUCUGUUUGAUAGAAUUCAGUUAAUCACUGAGAAGUUAACGAGCUGAGGACCGAAAUAAUAGCACAAGAAUAUUUCAGAAAUUCAGAGUAAAUACUGAGACAGGGUCAAGGGUAAAAAGCCUUUAAUUAUUAACUGAUUCACAAACAUCUGAAUGAUGGGUUAAUUAAUACUGAAGAUGUGUAUUGUAUAAAGCUUUAGAGUGAUACUGUGUCGUAGCUCCAGAAUUAAUUAGUCAUCAACUGGUGAAAAUAUUCCACACUGAAGAAAAAAUAAAUACCAUAGAGAUCAGAAAUCCUGAUUAUUUUUUAGGUAAAUUGGCUUUCUAAUCUUUUUUAAUUUACCCCCAUUUUCAGCUUUUACCAGUCAAAACUGCAAACUGGGCUUAAAAACCAGUUUGUUAUUUUACGUGUAGUUUAAUUUUCAACAUGAACACUCGACUGUGACCAACAGCACGUCAUCAAGCCCAAAAUAAUGCAGUUCUCUUAUGAGGUUUUCACGUAACAGCAGUGACACAGCAGCACUGUUUCUGAUGUUUACUCUGUAAGCAAACCUUGUAACUUCAGUUUCUCAUUUUUACAGUACCUUUGGUGUUUUUAGCCUUUUAGUGAGUGACUGCAUGGCUGUAGCUCGUCAGAGAUGUGACAUUAAAGCAGGUUUGUGUUUGAUUUUCAUGUUGAGAGAAUAAAAGUUCACAUGAAUCAUUUCUGUAACCACAGUGAAGUCUGCGCUUCAAUAAUUUCAGAUUUUUUGUUUCCUUCAAUGUUCUUGGAGCUUCCACGCUGGAUUCUUCUGAUCAAACGCAUUUCUUCUCGUUUUAAAAUCGUUACUGACCGUCGCUGAUUGACUUCACAGCUCUCACAGUACCCUUACCAUUCUUAUAAAAGAGUCCAUCAAAGACAGACCCAAAUUAACUGAACCACCUGGAGCACCUGCAUGGUUCUGGUCUCUUUUGAAGGGAAACACUCUGGACUUUGAUCCCCAGCAGUCAGAAUCAGUGUAAGUGCUGCUGGCAUCGAGUGGCAGAAGGUUUUUAUUUUCCCUUGAAUGUUUUUUUGGUAAAUAGAUGCCUGCAGAUGACUUUAUCUGGACGUGUUAGCUGGAGAACACAAUGGAACCACAGCAUGAAGCCUUACACCAGUCCAAGUUCAAUAAAACCUGAUAACACCACAAAAACUGAAUAUUCUCAUGUUUUCUCUCAGGGUUUAUUCAGAGAGUCUUCAGAAAUUUGACUAUAUAUUCAUCUACAUACAUAAA